AUGCUUAAUGGGACGAGACGAUACAUUCGGAACAAGUUUGAAACUUUUAGCCAAAUUGUCUAUCGCGUAAAACAGCACACGAAGCGCAGCGCAAAACGCUCGAAGACGACGCUUUCCAGGACGUCUAAACGAAUUCGGAACUCUACUCAACUUCGAAUUCGCGCUUCAAAAGCUGUACUGAUAUCAUCUUUCCUUGGAUUAUCGAAAACACGAAUACCUGACCCUCCUUGUCCUCAUCUUCUUCGUUCAAAUGAAGCGCCGACAGACGAAGAAGCGAAACUUAUUCUAGAUGCAAUCAAACGAGCUAAAGAGGAAGUACUACAGCUGAAUUCUCUUCUCUUGCGAAAACAGAUCGUCGGCCCCCUUGAAAGAGGGAACGGACAUGGUUGGGAACAUGUUAUAAUGCACGAGACUGAGGAGGUCAACCACUUUAUUCAGCAACACCAAGGACUCUUAUCGCUUUUCCGUCAACUUCCUGUCGAGAUUCUGCAAGAGAUAUUCCUCAUUCGGGUCGCAGACGGUACAGAUCGCAAUUUGUUUGUUCAUUUUGGCAAGCAUCCGGCUCUGCCCAUCUCCCAAACUUGCCGCUCCUGGCGUAAUGUUGCUUUGCAUUUGCCGUCUUUGUGGAGUUGUCUUCCACCUAUCCGCAUCCAGCAAUCACGCUCCGGGAUGGAAACACAACUCAAGGUUCUCACCGAGCUUUUAAAACGUUCAAUCCGAUCGUCACUGGAUCUGUGCUUGGAUACAACUGAAUUCUUUCCAAAACCGGGAUCCAUACAAUAUAGUCAACCUAUUCUCGACUUACUAUGCCAACAUGCUGAGCGAUGGGAGACGUUUAACCUUGUGACGUCGCAUUGCACAUUCUCUGGUAUGCGGUCAAUCAAAGGACGACUCCACGCUCUCAAAGUCCUAACGCUCUCUGUACCAUUUUUAUCAUCGACCUCUGUAUCUCAAAUAGAAAACAUCGAUUUAUUUGAAGAUGCACCUUUGCUAACAUCUGUCGAAAUUAUGGCUCCCUUCUCGAGGGCAGUUUUGCUUCCGUUCUUACAGCUUAAACAUUACAAAGAAUCCUUCACAUUAGAAGAACGUCAAGUCGAAAAGGCCAUGUCAUCUCCGGUACUAAAAACUCUAACCAUAAGAGCACAAACUGGUGGAUUUGUGUUUCCAAAAUUCACACUCUCGAACCUUGUGCGGCUCUAUGUCGAGUUCUGGUAUGGCCCGCACCUCAACGACGAAGUUGAGCAAUGCCUGGGAAAUCUCACUCUCCCCGCUAUCCAGGACAUUCGUCUCCUCUCUCGCAACGAUAAUAUGGCACCCUCAAUGCUACGCUUGCUCCAGAAUUCUUCGCCCUGUGCUGCACUUAAAACUCUGGCCCUCAGAUUCCGGUACAUCAAUCCAGGACAAUUGACAAAAAUGCUUCGGUUAACGCCAUCCUUGGUCCAUCUGAGUUGUACCAUCCCGGUCGCAUCUACCAUCGACAUCGACAAUAUCGCUGAUUUCACUGUGAUCGACCCUCCUUACGACCCGCUCGUACCGAAACUGGAGACGUGUGAGUUCUUCUUACCCGAUGAGCCCAAUGCAUAUGCGUAUAUGCCGUAUGCAUUGAACAAGCUCGCCGCAAUCAGAUGCGAGCCAUUGAUUGUUAUUCCGGCUGUGAAUAACCAACCGUUCCACCCGCUCCUCCCAGAACCCUUUGUCCGCCUGAAAAACCUUACCCUGGCUUUUCCGAAGUAUGACGUCUCUCACUUGCAGCAGCAGUUCAAUUGUUUAGAAGGCUGGAGCGGAUAUCAGAGUACGACAUCUUCGAAACUCAAUUCCCUGACUGCGCAGCUUGUGGAAAGGCUGCCGGAAUUGUUAAUCUAUCACGAACCAGGAGGCAUCAGGAGUUGGGGCGAGCAUGACAAGGUUGCCAAACUUCUCGCUAAGAUUGACGCUGUCAAUGUUACCAAGGCUAUAGAUAUUUACACCUCAGGAAUCACUUUCCUCCUUGGAAAAAUUACGAUAUGCCAAUGCCCUGGUAGAAAGAACGGCGCGCUGGCGAGCAGGAUCCUCGAGAAAUGGAAACCAAUAACUGAAGACCCUGAUAAGCUUCGUCCCCGCCGUUGGACGCUCCAGGGAGACAGAACUUUGAUGUAUAUACCGAUUGACAGUGGUACGGCCAUCGUUCGUGCUAUGAUUAUUUGA